AUGGUUCAAGCAUGGUACAUGGACAAUUCAACAGAAGAUCAAAGAUUACAACAUCACAGAACUCCUCCAAAAUUUAUCGAUAUGAAUGAAUUGUUUAAAAGAACAGGUGUCGAAUACUUUAAAGUCAAUGAAAAAGAUCCAGUAAAUGAUGAUUUGUUAAUAAAAUUAAAAAAAGAAAGAUGCUAUUCGUAUGAAGAUGAAAUCACAUGCUCAGAACAGUGCCUUCCAAACUACCAUGAAAAAUUAAAAAAUUUUUUUACAGAACAUUUGCAUACAGAUGAAGAAAUCAGACUUGUUCUAGAAGGUUCAGGAUAUUUUGAUGUCAGAGAUCCUAGCGAUGAAUGGAUCAGAAUAUUUGUUCAACCGGGUGAUAUGAUUAUUAUCCCAUCCGGGAUUUAUCACAGAUUCACAUUAGAUGAUAAGAACUACAUCAAAGCGAAAAGAUACUUUAUCGGAGAACCUGUUUGGACUCCCCACAACAGACCAGCUGAUAACAUGCCAUGCAGACAAGAAUAUUUGGGAAAACUUUUAAAAGGAUUUUAA